GCCAGCCUGGCGGAGCACCACCACUUCUUGGAGAUCAUGGCCGGCACCUACGACUCCAAGAUCAAGAACAUGCGCAUGAACAGGCUGGAAUUCGAGGACACGCAGUUCAUCGCCGCAUUCCCGGUGGAGCGCGUGCCCAAGCACCCGCUGAGCGGCAUCUCCACGCGCUCCGGCGACCUGGCACGCUUCACCUUCAAGAAUCUGCAGGCGGACCGCGCCCAGAAGCUCUACAUCCAUCUGGAAAGCACCAUGAGCCUCUUCGAGAGCACUAUCACCGAGAACAUUCUGAACGAUGGGCAGACCACCGAGACCACCGGCAUCACAGCAGGCCAAUUGGCCACCGUUCUGACGGCCCAGGUCAACGCCCUGCCCCCGCCGCCGGACCUCGCGCCCUAUGCGCUGGCCGCCGACCUCGCGGCAGCCGAAGGGCAGCUGGCCGCAAACCAGUCCAGCAUCACCGCCCUCAACACCAGUCUGACGACAGGCCUGGCCGCGAAGGCCAACCAGAGCGCGCUGGACGCCCUGCAGCUCGAGGUCCAAGGCAAGAGCACCCCAGCAAACGUCGACGCCAAGCUGGCGAGCUACAGCACCACGGCUGCCAUGAAUUCUGCGAUCGCAAGUGCAAACAACGCCACCCUGGCCACCGUGGGGAGCACCUACGCCCUGCGCUCUGUCACGGAUCAAUUAGCCUUGGACCUCGCAGCCAAGCAAUCCAGCGCGGACGUGGACCAAAAGAUUGCCACGGCACUGCUGGACCGACCCAGCACGACUGAUUUGAAUGCGGCCGUGGGCCUGCGCACCUCGCCCGCGGACGUCGACCAGAAGCUCGCCACGGCGCUGCUGACCUUCGUCACGCAGGUGGCCCUGGACGCCGCCCUGGCCCUCCGAGACGGGCGUUUGGACGCCGCCGAGGCAUCCAUUGCCACCCUGCAGGCGGCAGGCUUUCAGACGGCUGCUCAGGUAGCUUCGGCCAUUGCCACGGCUUUGCUGAGCUACACAGACUCCGCAGGCAUCAAUGCGCUGCUGGCCGUCAGGGACGGGCGCUUGGAUGCCGCGGAAGCCUCGAGUACAGGCCUGCAAACGGCGGGCUACCAGACCUCAGCGCAGGCCAGCAUCCUGGCCCUGCAGACCGCCGGGCCCUUCGCCAGCGCCACCAAUCUGGAUUGCUUGGAGACCAGCCUGCAGAGCGCCAUCGACGCCGUGCUUGCGCAGCUGGCGGUGCUGGCCGCCGGCGCCGUGCAGAACGCCUCUGAGUGGGCGGGGCAGACCACCUUCGAGCUGCUGGCCGCGCCAAGCAUCCUGCGGCGGCUGCACGUCACGGCUCCACUGAGCAUCAGCCUGCAAAACGAAGACCUGGCCCUGAGCAUCGCCUGCGAUUCCUACAGCACGACCGAGGCGGACGCUGCCAUCGGGGCCGCCAUCGCCGCGGUCAACGGGUUGAUCGCUGCGGCCUUGGCCGCGUACAGCACCACCGCUGAAAUGAACUCUGCCAUCUCCGCCGCAGUUGCAGGGAUCGAUCUGAGCCCUUAUUACACCAGCGCCCAAACAGACGCAGCCAUCACGGCCGCCCUGGUGCCGGUGACGCUGACGAACGCGCCGGCGUGGAGCGCGAAUCCGCCGACCUGGAUGCUGCUGAAGGGCACCAACGUGCUGCGCAACCUGCACUUUGCGGGCCCGCUGAGCGCGAGCCUGCAGAACAACACGGACACGUUGGAAAUCGACUGCGAUAGCUACGAAAAGGCUGGAACAUAUACUCAGGCCGAGGUGAACGCCGUGGUGGCGGGGACUAUAGAUGCCCUGAACGUCACGCAGUACAGGACCGAGGCCCAGGUCUCCACGGCCAUCUCGGACGCCUUGGUGCCUUAUUACACCAGCGCAGAAGUGGAUGCCGAGAUCGCCGCGAACGGCUUCGACAGCAGUGAAUACUACACCCGCACCCAGAGCGACUCCAGGUGCCAGCCCCGGCAGCGUCUCCCUUGUGCGGGACAACGUGACGCCGCCGCAGGUCCGCGGCCUGGUUCUGAGAAGCCCACUGAGCUCCAGCGUGCUCUUCUCAGCGGCACCGUGCUGGAGCUCACCUGCGACGCGUGCACUAAGGCGCAGGCCGACGGGCGCUACGUGCAGUCCGGCAACUUGGGCAGCCUGGACAGCCGCUACUUCCCGGUGAACGGCAACAACGGCGGCGGCGGGAUUUUCCCCAUGGUGAUCACCACCUUGACACCCAGGAUGAUCCGCGCCAUACUGCCCAGGGCGCCCCUGAGCGGCGCCUUCAUCCUGGGCAACGCCGGCACGCUGGAGCUGAACUGCGACUGCUACAGCAAGAGCGAGAGCGACGGCAGAUACUACACCAUCGGCCAGUCCAACGCCAACUUCGCGGAUAUUAGCACUGAGGCGGAUGUGGCCGCUCUGGCCGCUCGAGUCACGGCGCUGGAGGCCAGCCCCCUGCCGGCAGACAUCUCCGUCAACAGCGUCUCCGCCACUGGGGACUGGCUAUCCUUGUGGGCGGCACUGCCGGCGCCAGGAUCAGGGACAGCUCCAACAACGAUCUAA